AUGGAGAUUCCAUCCGGAUAUGAUUCUACUUCAGGAAGUAAUAAGAUUUGCAGGUUAAAGAAGGCAAUAUAUGGGCUUAAGCAAUCACCCCGGGCUUGGUUUGGGAGGCUCACUCAUGUUAUGGUGUCUUUGGGUUAUAAACAAAGCCAAUGUGGUCAUACUCUCUUUAUAAAGAAUUCUCAAAAUGGUAAACUCACUAUUUUGUUAGUCUACAUAGACUAUAUAAUCAUUGCAGGUAAUGAUGGAUUUGAGAAGAAGAACUUGAGGAAGGAGUUGGCAGCUCAGUUUGAAAUGAAGGACCUUGGAAAGUUGAAAUAUUUCUUAGGUAUGGAGGUAGCAUACUCCAAACAAGGCAUUUUCAUUUUUCCGAGAAAAUAUGUCCUUGACCUUCUCAAAAAUACUGGAAAGUUAGGUUGUAAACCCAACAGAGUUCCUAUAGAGCAAAACCAAAAGAUUGGGAGUGAUCAGGAAAGCCCAAGGGUUGAUAAAGCUCAAUACCAAAGACUUGUGGGAAAUCCCAAGGGUUGA